AAAACGUCAAAUUGCUUCUGUCAAAGUUUUAUGCAGAAUUGGAUUUGUGUUAAUAUUAGUUUUAUUUAUAGAUUUUGAAGAGAUUUGCUGUAAUAUAAUUGUUUGUUAAUAUAAUUUAACUAUGGCCCUUGCCAUAAGAAAAAGUACAACUGAUUUAUUCACCGUAGCCAAAUGGCUUGCUCGGAGAGACUGUCGUUUUCUGUCAAGCCUUCCAGAGAAGGCCGAAGCGGUCCAAGAAGAGAAGCCAAGGAGGACGGGGCGAAAGCCAGGAAACCGGAAUGCGGCUUUAGAGUUCCGUCAUUCUUAUCCUGAAUUUUUGCCCGAUCCUAAUCCUAAGUGGCGUAACAGCUUACGGGAGAAGUUAGAGAGAGCAGAUAUGCUGCAUAGGAGAAGCCAGAUAGAUAUUCCAGAAUUUUACGUUGGCUCCAUCUUAGCAGUGACCAUAACUGAUCCGCAUGCUCAAGGCAAGAUCAAUAGAUUUGUGGGCAUCUGUAUUGAUAGAAAAGGCUGUGGUUUAAGAGCCGAGUUCAUUUUAAGAAAUGUCAUUGAUCAUCAGGGAAUAGAGGUGCGCUAUGAGCUGUAUGACCCCACCAUCCAAAAGAUCCAGGUGCUACGUCUUGAGAAGCGCCUUGAUGAUAAGUUGCUGUACUUAAGAGAUGCUCUACCGGAGUACAGCACAUUCCCAACUGAUAUGGAUCCCGAAAUCUUGCCGGAGGGCACUCCUGUACCUGUUAAUCCUGUUCAGGUUAAACUGAAACCAAGACCAUGGCUGGAAAGAUGGGAGAGGCAAGAUCUUAAAGGAGUGUCUAAUAUUGAAGAAUAUCUAAAGGAGAAAGACAGAGUUAGACGAGAACUGAGGAAGACCCCCUGGGAGAAAUAUGAUUUGAUGAAGCAGUACAGAAAAACGAUUCCUGAAGAAGACCAAAGCGAAAUAUGGAAUGAAGUAUACAAUCAACUGCAUCAGCUGCAGAUAACGCGUAAGAAGACAUACAGAAAACGCACUCUUAGCACACCAAAGCCGCAGCUUGGAUAACUGUCAAUAUGAAACUUAGAACUUAGUAAUUAAUAAAUAUAAUUAUCUAAAUAUA